AUGGCGGUCGGCCCGCAGACUUGGCGGGUGGCCCUCGUCUGCGAUUUCUGCCAUCCUAAUCUGGGCGGGAUUGAGAGCCACUUGAUUCGGCUUUCGGAGCAACUGUGCUCAGCUGGACACCAUGUUGUCAUCAUCACCCACAGCUACGCCGGCUUUCGCGGUCGAUGGCAGUGGCCCAACGGCGUGAUCCUGUAUUAUCUUCCGCUCUGGACCAUUGCCGGCCAGAACACGGUACCUUUUGUGUUUCAAGCUACACCCUUUCUUCGCUAUGUAUUUGAGCAUGAACGCAUCCAACUUGUCCAUGGCCACUCGGCCUUCUCGACUCUCUGCCACGAAGCCAUGCUGACAGCCCAAGUCCUUGGCCUACCGAACGUGUACACCGACCACAGCCUCGUUGAUCUGGAGGCUUGGCACAGCUUUCUGCUGAAUGGCCUUCUACACAUUACCAUACGUGGUGCCGCCCAAGCCAUCUCCGUCUCCAACGCCAGCAAGGAAAACCUAGCCCUGCGCACGCUGAUGGAUCCGCGACGGAUCUGGGUCAUUCCCAACGCCGUGGAGGCCGAUCACUUUCGCCCUGCCAGUCAACCCCCAUCCUUGAAAAAUGGCCCCGUCAUUGUGGUCGUGAGCCGCCUCUACCCGCGCAAGGGUGUGGGUCUCUUGGCCACGGUCCUGCCCAAAGUCUUGGCUGCUCGUUUGGACGUGACCGUUUUGAUUGGUGGUGAUGGCCCGCUGCGCGUGCAGUUGGAGGAGAUGCGCGAACGCCAUCAGCUUGAAGACCGCGUCCGUCUCCUCGGUUCGGUGCCUCAUCAAGAGGUGGCCGCACUGCUGCGCCGCGGACACCUCUUUCUCAAUUGCUCCCAGACAGAAGCGUUUUGCAUGGCCGUAGUGGAAGCCGUCAGCUGCGGGCUCUUGGCUGUCAGCACCAACGUUGGAGGCAUUCCUGAAAUUCUGCCGUCCGACAUGCUCAUCCUAGCCGAGCCUACGACUGCAGCUUUGGUGGAAGCCACGCUGCAAGGCCUGGAUCAACUCACGCAGAACCCUCCGGCGCUGGCAUCCUUCCAUGAUCGAGUGCGAGCGUACUACAGUUGGCGGGACGUCAUGCAGCGCACACUCUGUGUCUAUCGCGAAGCCAUGCAUUUUCCCCCGGUCGGCUCACGCCCUCAGGCUCCGGACACACCAACUAGUGUGGCCCAGGUGCCGCAAUGCGACUAA